AUGAUUCCUCACACCGUUCCUAACCAACAGCCCUCUCCCGACGAUGAUGUUGCCUCAAUCGACGAACCGCCCAGCGUACACGAAGGAAUCCCCACUGGGAAAAUAUACCACCCCCUAGCCUUCCCCGUCCUCGCUUUAUUGGCGCCAGCCUCUCUCUUUGGAGUUCUCGUCAGGAUUGGGCUGCAGGCCUUGGCAACAUAUAAUGGGCAAAGUAUAUUCUCGUUAGCAUACGCGCAGGCCCUUGGAUGCUUCAUUAUGGGAUUCUGCCUUCAACUGAAGGAACCUAUUGGGAACUAUUAUGGACCGAUGUAUACUGCAGUAGGAACAGGAUUUUGUGGUUCUCUAACAACGUUUUCUGGCUGGGAACUGGACGUGUUUAAUUCUUGGCUCAACGCUGAUAGAAACAGUCGAGCCGGUCUCCGCGACUUCAUGGAUGGACUUGGCAAAACCGUCUUCACGCUCACCCUAGCUUUGGGUUCCUUUACCUUUGGAUCCAAGCUUGCAACCGUCGCAUUGCGCCACUUCAGGUUUCCCGGAACCCCCUCUAGAACGACGCGAUACUUCAUGACCGCGAUUUCCGUGCUGAUCUGGGCUGCGACUUUCCCUACGUACUUUCGACUUCCACCAUCAUAUCGACAUCAAGCAACUGCAGCCUUGCUAUUUGCCUACCCUGGCACACUCACGCGGUAUCUCUUAUCAAUACGUCUCAACCCCGCCCUCAAAUCAUUCCCCCUCGGCACCUUUGCCGCCAACAUGCUCGGAACGGCGUUAUUAGCGACUUUUCAUGUCCUACAGAACCUCGGUGCGCCGCGAUCGUCGAAUGCUUGCGCGUUGCUACAGGGGUUGGCAGAUGGGUACUGUGGUUGCUUGACAACUGUGAGCACAUUUGCUGCUGAAGUAGCCAGCCUGCGAUUCAGCAAGUCGGUGGGAUACGUGCUUAACAUACCGUCAGAAAACGAGGCAAUCGCUCUCCCAUCGGCCGCCUCGCAGAUGUCUCGCCAGGCUCCUUCAAACGAGCCUUCACAGGCUGAACUAGAAGAGGAAGAACAAAUGGCUCCUGGCGAGGGCGAUGAAAUCAUGGAGGAAGAGGAAAUCGAGGAACAGGAGGAUGGAUACACCUCAUCGACCCCGACCUCGACGCUCACUUGGAUCAGCUGGUUCUGUUCACUGCCUGGACACGAAUAUUUCUGCGAGGUGACGGAGGACUUCAUCGAGGAUGACUUCAACCUCACGGGCUUGAACGGAAUGGUGCCAUUUUGGAAGGAGGCGAUGGAGAUGGUCCUGGAUGUUGAGCCAGACGAGGACGCUUCCAAGAUUCCAGAUGUAUCCAUUGUCGAAUCGUCGGCCGAAUUGCUUUACGGGCUUGUGCACCAACGAUUCAUACUUACCCGCGCCGGAUUGCAAGCGAUGGUUGAAAAGUACGAGAGCGGGAUAUUCGGCUCGUGCCCUCGUGUCUACUGCGUAGGAACGAAGGUGGUGCCAUGCGGGAAAUCAGAUAUGCCCGGCUUCGACACCGUCAAAUUAUUCUGUCCAAACUGUAAUGAUAUCUACGUUCCCCCUAGCAGCCGGUUUCAAGGUGUUGAUGGUGCCUUCUUCGGAACCACGUUCGCCCAUCUCUUCUUCCAAAGCUAUCGUGAACUCGCGCCGGCACCCUUCUGGAAAGCUCCACCUCCGGGCUCUUCCCCUCGAAGCGGCGGCAGCAAUGGUGCUCGGGGUUCCCCUUUCGUCAACCCCAACCCUCAUGGCGGUCAAAAACGUGCCGCCGGCUACGUCUAUGUCCCCCGUAUAUAUGGGUUCAAGGUUAGCGAACGUGCGAAGAGUGGACCAAGAAUGCAAUGGCUGAGAUUGCGACCUGAGAGUCCGAGUGAACUAGACAUGGUGGACUGGAGGGGAAGGUGGCUAGAUGAGGACGACGAUUUCGAUGAUGAUGACGACGACGUGCACGGAGGGGAGAGGCAAUUAGAAGAUUUUGAUAAUGAACCAGCAGAAGGUGACGACGAUGAAGAGGAGGAAGAAGAGGAAGAGGAUGCACCACAAUCUCGACAUAUGGGUAGCGGACGUCAACGUAGACUUGCCGAUCCUUCUGACGCUCUCUCCAGCACGACAGGGUCAACCCUCCCAUCUCUGACCACCACCCAAGUCUCUGCUUCGUCUGCGCGUACAUCACCUACGUCCAGCGUGGCUCUGCGAACUCCCGUCGAGCGGUCGGUUGCAAGCCCAAUGCUCUACACGACGUCUCCGUCGCCGAGCUCUGCUCUGGGCAAAGUCCGAGUCAUUAGACAAUGGCAAACCGGGGCAGCUCAGUCAACGCCCAAGGUCCCAAAAGCUAAGCAAGAGCGCGAAGAAGACAUGGCACGAACAAAUCUCAGCAUCGGUGCCAACAAAGGCCACCCCACCACCCCUCUCGAGCGCCCCGCCCGCCCAUCCACUCGCAAGGGUGUCUCCUCCCAAAAAACGCAAUUCGUCCGAUCGGUCAUCAGAGAGGUCGCUGGGUUCUCUCCGUAUGAGAGGAGAGUCAUGGAGCUGUUGAGGAACUCGAAGGAUAAGAGGGCGAGAAAGUUGACCAAGAAGAGACUCGGCACACUCCUCCGCUCAAAGCGCAAGCUCGAAGAGCUCGGCAACAUCAUCCAAGAGAGCAGGAGAGCCCACUAA